UUGACUCCGAGUCCGAAAGCUGCUGAAUCUCUGCUGAAGCUCUUCUGUUCAGGCUCAGCGGGUGAGAGCAGUCCACCGCAGCGUCCACCGCAGCAGGACCGAAGCUUUAUUGCACCAUGCUAAGUCCUCUGUUUCGCGCCCACGGCCUCUUGGUGGCCUCACACCCAUGGGAGGUGAUUGUUGGGACAAUCACCCUCACCAUCUGCAUGUUGUCCAUGAACAUGUUCACCGGCAAUGAUCAGAUCUGCGGCUGGAAUCUGGACUGCCCCAAAACAGAAGAGGAAAUUCUAAGCAGUGACAUCAUCAUCCUGACCAUCACUCGUUGUAUAGCCAUUGUCUACAUAUAUUUUCAGUUCCAGAGCUUAAGACAACUGGGAUCCAAAUACAUUCUAGGAAUUGCUGGUCUUUUUACCAUUUUCUCCAGCUUUGUGUUCAGCACAGUUGUUAUUCACUUUUUUGAUAAGGAGCUCACUGGCCUCAACGAGGCACUGCCCUUCUUCUUACUUCUCAUUGACCUUUCCAAGGCCUGCACCCUUGCCAAGUUUGCCUUAAGCUCCAGUUCUCAGGAUGAAGUAAGGGAAAACAUUGGAACUGGCAUGGCUGUACUCGGACCUACCUUCACUCUAGAUGCUCUGGUUGAGUGCUUACUCAUUGGAGUAGGAACCAUGUCAGGUGUGAAACAGUUGGAAAUCAUGUGUGGCUUUGGAUGCAUGUCUGUUUUAGCCAACUAUUUUGUGUUUAUGACUUUCUUCCCUGCCUGUGUCUCUCUGGUCCUUGAGUUGUCACGUGAGAGUCAGGAAGGUCACCCGAUCUGGCAGCUAAGUGACUUCUCCAGAGUGAUGGAGGAGGAGGACAACAAACCCAAUCCUGUAACUCAGAGAGUCAAAAUGAUCAUGUCUCUUGGACUUGUGAUGGUUCAUGCCCACAGCCGAUGGAUUUCCAAACCAUUGUCCUCAAAUACAACAGGGAGUAAUGCACAACUUGGCAUGGAACUCGAUCAGUUAUCUCCCAGAAAAAUUGAGCCAGAAAUGCCACUGUGGCACUUCUACCUCAGCAGAAUGAUAACCAUGGACAUAGAGCAAGUGAUCUGUCUGGCCUUAGCUCUGCUGUUGACUGUCAAGUACAAAGUUGAGCAAGUGGAGAUGGAGUCUACACUGUCUCUUAGGAACCCCAUCACCAGCCCAAACCAGCAAUACAACAAGACCUGCUGCAUGAGGGAGCUUUCUGCACCCAGAUUUUCACCACCUGCAGCCCCUUGCAGGGAAGAAAGAGAUGAAGUUAUUCGGCCAUUUCCUGCCACCACCACUGACUGUCAGUCAAAGAGCUUGUUUGUCAUUGGGGAAGAAAAUGGGGAGAUGAAGUAUGACAACACUGAGUCCAGUCUGCUGCAGAAUCCCAGAGGACUGGAUGAAUGUGUGUCUAUCUUUAACAACCCUGAGCAAGGUCCGUAUCAUUUAAGUGAUGCAGAGGUGAUGCUGCUGGUAACCUCCAAACACAUCCCAGCAUACAAACUGGAGACUUUGAUGGAGAAACCAGAGAGAGGAGUGUCGAUACGAAGACAGAUGAUCUCUGCCAAGCUUUCUUGUCCUUCUGCACUCUCCUCCCUUCCAUAUAUUAACUACGACUACUCCAAGGUUAUGGGUACCUGCUGUGAGAAUGUGAUUGGUUACAUCCCAGUACCGGUUGGAGUUGCAGGACCGCUACAUCUGGAUGGAAAACAGUUCCAGAUUCCCAUGGCAACUACAGAAGGCUGCUUAGUUGCAAGCACUAACCGAGGCUGUCGUGCAAUUGCUCUGUCUGGAGGAGCCAGCAGCUGCAUCCUGGCCGAUGGCAUGACUCGUGGUCCUGUGGUCAGACUUCCAUCUGCCUGCAAGGCUGCUGAGGUGAAGGCCUGGCUAGAGAGUCCAGAUGGCUUUCAGGACAUCACGGAGGCUUUUGACAACAGCAGCAGAUUUGCACGGCUACAAAAAUUGUUGGUUGGACUGGCUGGGAGAAAUCUUUACAUACGUUUCCAGUGCAGGACAGGAGAUGCUAUGGGAAUGAAUAUGAUCUCUAAGGGCACAGAAAAGGCUCUAAGCAGGCUGCAGCAGCACUUUCCGGAGCUGCAGGUAGUGGCAGUCAGUGGGAACUACUGUACAGACAAGAAACCUGCUGCUAUCAACUGGAUCGAAGGGAGGGGCAAGUCUGCUGUCUGUGAAGCUACCAUCUCUGCAAAGGUGGUCCAAGAGGUUUUGAAGACUACAACUGAGGCCUUGAUAGAAGUCAACAUCAGUAAAAACCUGGUUGGCUCAGCCAUGGCAGGCAGCAUUGGUGGAUUUAAUGCACACGCUGCCAACUUGGUGGCUGCCAUAAUAGCCUGUGGGCAGGAUCCGGCCCAGUCAGUGACCAGCAGUAACUGCAUUACUCUCAUGGAGCCAUCAGGACCAACAGGGAAGGACCUGUACAUCAGCUGCACUAUGCCCUCUAUAGAGGUGGGCACUGUGGGAGGAGGCACUAACCUGCCCCCUCAACAAGCCUGCCUCAAGAUGCUGGGAGUCCAGGGUGCAAGUCAGCAGUACCCAGGGGAGAAUGCCUGCCAGCUGGCCAGGAUUGUAUGUGCUACAGUGCUGGCUGGAGAGCUCUCACUGCUGAGUGCUCUGGCUGCUGGGCACCUUGUCAAGAGUCACAUGACUCAUAACAGAUCUAAGGUGGACUUACAUGGGACUCAGGGAACAUGCAGCAGGAGGCUCAAUGCAGACUGGCAGAAGUUAGGUCUUGUUCAAGAAACUGGAUGGAAGCCAUAAAGAGUAACCCAGUUUGAACAGAUUAAUCAUUUAUCAGUGAAGAAAAGACUUCAGCUGUCUUCCAAAACUCUUAAUACAAUAUAACAUUUUGAUCAAGUAUUGUUCAGUCCAUAAAAAAAUCUUAAGCAACUCAGUUUUUCUUACUGCAUCUACUUGUAUUUUGAGGAUUUUUGUCAUCAAGCACUUUUGCCAAAAUAAUCACAAACUGAGAUGUACAAAGGUAAGACUUAAGCUCAAUAAAUGUUUCUUGCUGGAUAGUCAUACUCACCAGCAAAGUUGCUUUUUACA